AAGGAAAAUAAAAAAAGGCGGUUAAUUAUUCCUCGUGACGAAGAGAAGAAGCGAGCGGAACAAAUGGGGUAAGAGAGAGAAAGAAGAGAGAGAGAGAAAGAAACGAUAUCAGAUGACCACGGAAGAAGAAGGAAGAAAGAGAUGCAAGAUCCACAAUCCGACUCCUCAACCCCAAACCCCAUUUUCCCCAAAUCUUCUUCUGCUACUACUUCUCCUUCUACCCAUAACAACAACAAUGGCGUUUUUACCUUCAAAAAUAGCUUAGCACCGUUACCGGCAUUCCCCGCCACACCCUCCUCCACAACCACAAUGCAACCUAAUCUUAACCCCAAUCACAAUUCCGGUGGAGGAGGACAUAGGAGGGCUCACUCGGAAGUCACUUUUCGGAUGCCGGAGGAUAUGAUGGAUCUGUCGUCGUCUGAUCCGUUCAACGCCGGUGGAUCGUCAACGGCUAGUUUUGAGGAGAUCGGGUCCGAGGACGACCUUUUUUCCACCUACAUUGACGUUGAAAAGCUUGGCGGGAAUGCUACCGGAGGAAACUGUGCAGAUCAGAGCAGUGGUGGUGGUGCCGAGGUUAAAGCGGAAGGUAAUAAUGGUGGUGAGGGAGAGAAGAAUUGGAGUGGGAGACCAAGGCAUCGGCAUAGCAGCUCGGUUGAUGGGUCUUCGACGUCGACUAGUGUGUUUGGGGAGAUUAUGGAUGCCAAGAAGGCUAUGCCGCCUGAUAAGCUAGCUGAACUUUGGACGAUAGAUCCCAAGCGUGCCAAAAGGAUACUGGCUAAUCGGCAGUCUGCUGCUCGCUCAAAGGAGAGGAAAGCCCGGUAUAUACAAGAACUCGAGCGCAAAGUUCAGACUCUUCAAACAGAAGCUACAACUCUAUCUGCCCAACUCACACUCUUCCAGAGGGACACUACAGGUCUGAGUACAGAAAACACAGAGCUUAAGCUUCGCUUACAAGCUAUGGAGCAACAGGCUCAGUUACGUGACGCUUUGAAUGAAGCACUUAAGAAGGAAGUUGAGAGGCUAAAGAUUGCUACAGGAGAGAUGAUUAACCAUUCUGAGUCAUUUAACAUGGGAAUGCACCAGAUGUCCUAUAAUUCCUCAAAUUAUUUUUCUGUUCCACAACAAGCCAGACAUUCUAGCCACCAAAACAUGCAGUUGCCGUUUAGUCAUGCCCAGGCUACCAUGUCAGCUCACCAUCUUCAACAAUCAAAUUCUCAUAAUAAUACCUCCGAAUUUUUGCAGAAUGAUCCUGUUGGUCGGUUACAGGGACUUGACAUCAGUAACAAAGGUUCAUCUAUUGUGAAGUCUGAAGGUCCCUCACUCUCUGCAAGUGAAAGUAGCGCCACAUUAUGAGGCAAACUCUCUGCUGACCUGCUGACUUGUCCAUGACACACCAUCCGAUCAUUUGUUCAUAGAUUGACAUCCAUCCAUUUAGAGGGGGUACUCUUGUUCCUUUCCUUUAUCUAAUUUAUUUGUGUCACGGUUUAGUUCUUGAUAUAUUUUUUCCUCAAGGGGCAAAAGAAAAAAAAAAUGAAGAAGAAGAAAAAUCACUUUUAGUUGUUGCAAUGUUAUCUUCAGUCUUUGUUAGAUAUUUGUGUUCUUAAAAGGGUAAAAUCAUGUGGGUAUGGAAGGUCAUUCCCCAUUAGGAAUGUAGCAUUAUGCUAUCCCUUCCUUUCUUUGUACCUUAAAUUAUGGUUUAUGACUUGUAAACUUAUGUAUCCAUUAUGAAGUGUUCUAGUUUCCAUUUCAUGGAUUGGCUGAAGUGAGCUGGUUCUGUUAACAAAAAAACAAAACAAAAUGAUGUUAUUUUUUUUCUUGGUAUUGCUCUUUGCAUUGUAUAAUUCUGAACAGAGUGAUGUGGUUUCUUGAUAUUAUUUGAUUAUUUGAAAGGCCUAGACUUCUUCUCA